AUGUCGUGAAACUCGAAUACAUUCUGUUUUAAUUUAUGCAAUUGAUUCAUUGAUCAAUCUGAAACACAGUAGUGAACUUUGGAAUUUAAAUGUUUAAAAUACUUUCUCUAGCUAAGAUCACAGCUGUUUCUGCUUAUUAAUCUCUGGCAUUUGUGGAUAACAAACCUCCAGUCGAGGAUGCAUUGAUGAUAGAGAGUGCUGCCACAACUGAAUUAGUUGUAUAUGAAAGAGAGGGGAAUGUAGAAGAACCACAUGUAGGGAUGGAAUUUGAAUCCGAAGAAGCUGCCAAGAUAUAUUAUGAUGCAUAUGCUGCUCGUAUGGGCUUUGUCAUGCGUUUUGAUGCAUUUCGCCGUUCACUGCGGGAUGGAAAGGUUAUUUGCCGUCGACUUGUAUGUAAUAAGGAGGGAUUCCGCAGAGCCAGAUCAAGGCAGAGUGAGAGUAGAAAGCCUCGAGCAAUCACACGGGAAGGGUGCAAGGCAAUGAUUACGGUGAAGAGGGAGAAGACAGGAAAAUGGGUCGUUUCAAGGUUUGUCAAGGAUCAUAAUCAUCCACUGGUUGUUUCUGGAAACAGUCGUCGGAGCUUGCUUCUUUCUCAAACACCGGAUGAAAAAGAUAAGAAGAUUAGGGAAUUAUACACUGAGCUGCAACGUGAGAGAAAGCAAUAUGCAGCUUAUCAAGAACAGCUUGAUAUGAUUUUGAAAGACAUUGAGGAACACACACAACACCUAUCAAGAAGCAUAAAAAAUAUAGUUCAGAGUGUUGGGGAUGUUGAAUCUAAGAGGCAAGGGCUUUCACAGAGCUGACCACCACUAACUUGUUUUGUGCCAUUGUCUUCUUUUGCUCAAUGUAUCAAGUUUCAGGUAUGCCCAUGGUUCCUUCUCCAUAUUGUAUUUUAACAGUACAUAAAGCAACAAUCUACAAUCGA